GGCUGUCGUACUGAGACUAGGGCGUGUCUGGGAGGAGGAGCCACAGUCCGGCAAGGCUUGCUGGGGCGUCUCUCACCGCUUGUGCAGCCGCAGCAGCCAUCCCGCAAGAUGGUCGGGGUCCUGCUCCUGCUCCUCCUUCUCCCCUUUUUCCUGUACAUCGCGGCACCCAAAAUCAGGAAAAUGCUGUCUAGUGGGGUGUGUACAUCAACUGUCCAGCUUCCUGGGAAGGUGGCUGUGGUCACUGGAGCCAACACAGGCAUCGGAAAGGAGACAGCCAAAGAGCUGGCUCAAAGAGGAGCCCGCGUGUAUUUAGCGUGCCGGGAUAUCCAAAAGGGGGAAUUGGUGGCCAGAGAGAUCCAGACCAUGACAGGGAACCAACAGGUGUUGGUGCGGGAAUUGGACUUGGCUGAUACUAAAUCUAUUCGAGCCUUUGCUAAAGAUUUCUUAGCAGAGGAAAAGCAUCUUCACAUUUUGAUCAACAAUGCAGGAGUGAUGAUGUGUCCCUACUCUAAGACAGCAGAUGGCUUUGAGAUGCACAUGGGAGUCAACCACUUGGGUCACUUCCUCCUGACCCAUCUGUUGCUAGAGAAGCUGAAGGAAUCAGCCCCAUCAAGGGUAGUGAAUGUGUCUUCCCUAGCGCAUCACCUGGGGAGGAUCCACUUCCAUAACUUGCAGGGUGAGAAAUUCUAUAAUGCAGGUCUGGCCUACUGUCACAGCAAGUUAGCCAACAUUCUCUUCACCCAGGAACUGGCCCGGAGGCUCAAAGGCUCUGGCGUUACGACGUAUUCUGUACACCCUGGCACAGUCAACUCUGAAUUGGUUCGGCACUCACUUUUCAUGAAGUGGAUGUGGUGGCUUUUCUCCUUCUUCAUCAAGACCCCUAAACAGGGAGCCCAGACCAGCCUGUACUGUGCCAUAACGGAAGGUCUUGAGAUUCUAAAUGGGCAUCAUUUCAGUGACUGCAGUGUGGCAUGGGUCUCUGCCCAGGCUCGGAAUGAGACAAUAGCAAGACGGCUAUGGGAUGUCAGUUGUGACCUGCUGGGCAUCCCCAUGGACUGACAGGUGGUAGCAGUUGGACUCAAGAGAAACCUAUAGCAGACUACUCAGUACUCCCUGCCAAAAUGAUUCUCCUUCAUGGUGACCAAAAUCAUCAGUACAAAGAAAACAAAUCGUCCAGCCUUUCCUGCUUGAUGUCUGACAAAAGCACAGUGUACAUUGCCAGAUUCAUCAAAACACCUUGCAUUUACUCCAGAUUUAGUUUACCCUAAUUACUGUCAGUUGCAAGAGAUAUCAGACGAUAAGAUCCUCAGAUGACCUGCGACCUGAUAUCUGCCGUCUGAAACCUACUACCUAGGAGAAUCUUAGCUAUGGCAAGGUCAAUUUAUGGUAGUUUGGAUUAGUUUCUACCCUCUUUGUUCACAAUAUAGUUCCUCCCAACCACCAUCCAACCUUCAUUUCAAGAGGGCCACACUGCAGCCUCAGCCGAACUCUGAGUCACAGUGGCUUGACUCAAGAGCAGGACUCAUCCCUCAACUGUUAAGAAAACCAUCAUAUGCUAACAUCUGAAUUAUUUCCGGAAACUCUUAACUGAAUCUGGAUUAUGGCAUGGCUUUAUCUCUCGACAACCUAAAGCCACUGCUAUUAAAACACUUUCCAACAUCUAGACCACAGAGAAGAGCUUCCUUUUCUAAGAAGUUUGUGGGAUUUGGAGGAUGGCAGAAAUAAAAUCAAGCUUAAACUAUCAUUUUCUUACUGUUUCUCAGACCAGCAAGUGGGUAAAGAAAGGGGCAGUAUGGGAAGAUAGAUCAUCUACCUGACUUUAGUUAGUGACCCCAGACCGAUGGAGGCCUUUUUGUGUCUUAGUUUCUCUUAGAAAACCAGAAGAAGGAAAAGGCUAUUUGGUGAUUGUCACUGAGUUUAUCUUUGUGUUCUUCUGUAGUCACACAGUGGGGCUUAUUUUCACAGAAUUCAAAAUAACUACAAAGGAAGAGUAUUAAACUGGACCCUGGUGGAGGCAAAUGUUCAAAGAUGGAGCAAACAGUGUCAUCCAGUCUUUGAUACAAAUGAGUAGACCAGCAAAGGGAAGUCAACUCUGUAUAUAUGGUUAACUACUUACCCAGAAGCACAUGGGUAGCAGGGAAGAAGUCUAAAACAGAAAAAUCCUGGAAGAUAAUGCAUGCAGUAAAGGGACUAGUUAAGGACUUAAAAAAAAAAAAACAAAAAAAAAAUACUAAAGAUGGUAAUAUGUAACUGGAAGAAUUGAGGGCGAGCACCUGAGUGACCAAGACUGACACUGUACUGUCUUCAUAAGCACCAAUCAACCAAUUUGGCAGAAAAAGUCCCAAAAUAACACCCCCCCCCCCCAAUUCUUUAUUCAGCAAAAUUAUCUUAAGGACGGAUAUUGGUAAUUUACAGUCACUAUAGUAAUCUUUCAGGGCAUUUCCUUACAUUAUCUUAACAUGAUUAAAAUGUCUAUUUGCUAAAAAUCUACAUUUAAUUUGGAGAGCUUUUAUCAAAAGUAAUGCUGCCAAAGGAAAUUGGAGGAAUAAUAAUGUUCUUAUCACUUGUUUAGACAUAUGUUAUAUGUCUAAAUAGAAUAACAUAUGUUAUUCUAAUAGACUUUGAUUUUCUUGGACUGACAAUUACAUAUUCACUUUGGUGGGGUAAAGAGUUAUGGGACCACAGUCUUCUCAUAUUUGUAAAUGGAUAUUCUUUUGUUGAACGUGUUUUGACCAUCAAGCUAUAUAUUUAAAAAUGGUCAUUUUAUGGAAAAAUUGGAAAUUUUUAAUAAGUAGCAUAACUAAUAUUUUACUUAAUUUAUGUUGAACUAUCAAUGACAAAUAAAAAAUUUUUAUUA